AUGGCCACACCGCAGCAGGCUUCAAUGGCAACACCUGGACCAUAUGCACUCCGCCAUAUGCUCACAAUCCUGAAGACAGAUUACCGGUCCAGCCUUAAUGGCAAUGCACGGGAUGAGCAAGCACUGAAGUUGACCUUCCGUCGACUGACCCAACGCAAGCAGGCUUUGGAGGAAGCUGCAGACCGUCGAGGGGAUACUGACCGCAUUGUGGCGGAGGCUCUGUUGGCCUCACGCAAAUCGGCUAUCCAGUACAAGGAACGCCUAAAGACAACUCGCCAUGACCUGAAUGACCACAAAGGCCAAGUGCACGAUCUAAAGGCUAAGAACGACGAGCUCCAAGACCAGCUGCUUCAAACCGACACCGCCAGAACCACAUCAGCGCAAGAGAUUACAGAUAAAAGCAACACAAUAACCACUUUAACCAACGCGAACGAUGACCUCAAAGCCCAGUUGCGUCAAGCCGAUACCGACCAAACGACAUUGCGUGAAGAGCUCGCGGUUGAACGCAACAAGAUUACCGACUUGACGAAUACGAGAGGUGACCUCCAACAAGAACUGCGUCAAGCCGAUGACAACGAUACGACACUGCGUGAAGAGCUCACAGUUAAACGCAACAAGAUUACCGACUUGACGAAUACGAGGAAUGACCUCCAGAUCAAGCUGGAUCAAGCCGAUGACAACAAUACGACAUUGCGUGAAGAGCUCACAGUUGAACGCAACAGGAUUACCGACUUGACGAAUACGAGGAAUGACCUCCAGAUCAAGCUGGAUCAAGCCACCAAGACUGCCGAGACAAACCAGGCAGCCCUAGUCCAAGAGCAAAAUACGGUAUCCGCCUUGAGGGCCGGGUUGAAGACCACCCAGGACGUACUCCAGAUCAAGCUGGAUGAAGCCACCAAGACUGCCGAGACAAACCAGGCAACACUGCGCCGAGAGCAGACGAAGGUUACCGGCUUGACGACCGCCCAGGACAAACUUCAGAUCAAGCUGGAUCAAGCCGCCGAGACCAUCAAGACUGACCAGGCAACACUGCACCGAGAGCAGCAAAAGGUCGCCGAUCUGAAGACUACCCAGGACAAACUUCAGAUCAAGCUGGAUCAAGCCGCCGAGACCACCAAGACUGACCAGGCAACACUGCACCAAGAGCAGCAGAAGGUCGCCGAUCUGAAGACCACCCAGGACAGACUCCAGGCAAGGCUGGACGAAAAGGCUGCGGCUGUCGUCGACGAACAGAAGAAAGUCACCGAUCUGAAGUCCGCCCAGGAUGAACUUCGAGAGCGGGUGAGUGAGCUCGAUUGCAACCUUACCACUGCUCGAGGCGAACUCAACAAGGCGACGACGCUUGCACAAGAUGCCAAUCUACAUACAACCACUACGGAGGACACAUACAAGCGCAUUCUCGAGGAACAUUGCGACAAGAUCAAGACAUUAACGGAUGACUACAACAAGCUUCGAGAGAAGAAUGACAGCCUAGACAAAUCAAGCGCGCAGCUUCGCGACGACCUCGUGGCAAGUCAGGGAGUAUACCAAGCUGCAGUCUCGCGGUCCAACAGGCUACGCGGCCAGGUCGACGAGCUUGUCGCCAGUCAGAAGUCAGCCGGCGAGCAGCUGGAGGCAUUCUUGAUGCAGAAUGAUGACCGGAUCCACCAACAGGCCCAGGCAGCCUCCAACACCGCUAAAGCCCUGAGAACCCGCAUCAAUGCCAUGAAGAAGACUCAUCGACUGCAGAUGGCCACCCAGCGCAGACAACUGCGGUUAUCGACUGAUCGGAACCAGAGUCAACAGAAUGCCUUGGCUACAAUGACCCGGGCUGCAGUUCUCCAGGCUCAGCGACAUAGCGACCUGUUGUCAAGAAAUACCAGCCUUGUGACCUGGUGUUGCGCUUUCGCUCGGCAGAUAGCACUACUCAAGCGCACCUUUCGAUCUGUAUCCAGCGAUUACCAAUGGAUUCGGACUGCCCGCCAAAAGCUUUCCACCAAGUAUGACGCCCUCGUCGGUCGGCACACGAAGAUGCUGAAGACAGCACUUGGUCACAUGGAUGAGAUCAAGGCAGCUAAGGCUCGCAACCGUACCCUCACUGCUGCCAUCAAGACAGCUAGGUCUCGGAGAGAUGACAUCACUUCCACCAACAAGAUGCUUGUGGCUUGGAAUGUGAAAUUUGCAGGCCGCAUCGCGCUACUAAGCUCCACUUUGGGCCAGGUAGCUGAUGACUACACUCGAUUACUCGGUUCCCGUCGAGGCUUGCUUUUGCAAGUGCAGCAACAAGCAACUGAGAUUGACACGGUCAAUGGCAUUAGCCAUGUGCUCAGGGCCUUUUGUCGGACCCAACGGGACAAGAUUACCGUGCUUCGCUCAACUGUCGGCAACGUCUUAUUCUCCCAUCUGAGCCUGACCGCAACUGCACAGAGGCAGAAGAGCCGGAUCGAUGACCUCACUGGGCUUAACCAGAUGCUUGCAGGAUCGACCGUUCAGCUCGGGCGGCAGAUUGCGCUUCUACGCACAACGCUCCACGACAUCGCCAAAAGCUCCAGCCUUGGCACGGAUUACCGCCGUCACAUGCAGAAUAGGGUGCAGCGUCUGGAUUACCGCAUCGAGACGUUGGAGACUCAGAACACGAGGCUGGAAUUCCGCAACGCGGGCCUCGUCGACAUGAACGCGACUCUGGCGCAUUGGAACGUCACGUUCGCUCGCAAGAUCUACCUCCUCCAUGGGACCAUUGAUGACCUCUCAGGGAAUUACACACGGCUAAGGAAAGCUCGUCGCGGACUCUACAUCAGACUUUGCGUAGUAAAGUUCCUGUUCGAUGGGUUCAUCCACGCCGCCUUCCAUGCACUUGGCGCCCAGAGGCCUCAGUCACCAGCACCUUCCGUCACGGAUGGAAACCUCGCACAGGCGUAUGCACGAUAUCAUGCAACCCUCGUCUCACUUGCAACGCAAACACGCAGGCUGUUGUGGUCAUGGAGACGCAGCGCGGAAGGGCUCGACGACAGCCUGCGCUCUGAGCAGCAGAUGACUGUGAACCUUCGACACGAGGUCUCCCAGCUGCAGGAACGCGUUCAGCUGUUGGAGGUUGUUGGCAACGCUGUCGUGCAGCGACGCUGCGAAGAUGUAAGCAAAUUUCAGCUGGCAGUCAAGACUGAUCGCGAUUACAUCGUCCAGCUGGAGACGAAGAUGACUGUACUUCGUGCAAUAGGAGAGAGGAUAGACGCCUCGGUAGAUUACCUUCUGUCAGUUACUGGAGCGGAGGCCCUAGAAGCGUGA